ACGAAUUCAUACAUUAGAUUUGAGGUGCAAAAAAAUGGAGAGAAGAAGUCCUUCAUCCCCAAGCCUUAACAAUGCCACUUCGAGUUUCACUGUGGACUCGCGCUUCGUGGAUCUUAAACCGCUGGGGUUUGGAGGAAGUGGGGUUGUAUUCUCUGCGACAGACAGUGACUGUGAUAAAGCUGUGGCCAUCAAAAAACUUGCCUUCCAUGACAAAAAAAGCUGCAAGUAUGCACUGCGUGAGAUUAAGAUAAUGAGGCGACUCAAACACGAGAAUGUUGUGACAGUGUAUGAGAUCCUUGGACCAAAUGGGUACCAGCUGUCAGGUCACUCCAGCAGUAUUCCCCUGAAUGAACUAACAUCACUGUACUUGGUUCAGGAGUUACUGGACACUGACCUACAGCAACUGAUUCAGUGUCAAGUUUUAACGGAGGAACAUGUCCGCCUCUUCCUCUAUCAGCUUAUCAGAGGACUUAAAUACAUCCACUCCGCCAAUGUUGUCCACCGUGAUCUCAAACCCUCCAAUCUUCUCAUUAACAUAGAGGAUCUCAAUCUGAAGAUUGGGGACUUUGGACUUGCCAGAAUCGUUGACAUGGAAUACUCACACAAGGGUUAUCUGACAGAUGGCGUGGGAACUUGUUGGUACCGCUCUCCUGAGCUGAUUAUCUCCCCUCGUGACUACACCAAGGCUAUAGAUAUGUGGAGUGUGGGCUGUAUUUUUGCAGAGAUGCUAACAGGAAAGUCGCUCUUUGCUGGUGGAAACGAAAUGGACCAGAUUGGGAAAAUUUUGGAUGUUACUCACCUUAGUGAUAAUGAGUGGAACACAUUGACUCAGGUUUUACCUAUCAGUGUCCUUAGAAGUAGGUCAAGGCCACCCAAGACAGCAUUAAAGUCAAAGUUCAAGGAACUGUCAGAAGAUGCCCUGGAUUUGCUGGAGAACCUCCUCCUAUUUAAUCCAGACAGCCGGAUUUCUGCUGAGGAUGCCCUGGAUCAUGUGUACCUGGCUGAGUACAGAUGUCCUGAGGAUGAACCAAGUGUUCUCAGGUCGUUCCAUGUGGAAAACGAGGUGGAUGAACUGUCCCCUAAAACCUUGAGACGAAUGCUCGGGAAUGAGGUAUCGGAACCUGUUAUUCCAUGUGGUCAAACAUGUGACAAUAACAAAAUUACAGAUUCCAUUGUAACAAACCGAGUUGUUGCCAAAAAUAUGGAGAAUGUGUCUAGAUCUUCAUCAUCAGAGAGUUUGUCAGACAUUGUAGAUAAUAAAUACUGCAGCAUCACUCAUCUUUUACAAAUAUCGGAGAAACUUAAUCUCCUGGAAAGCUCUUCUCCUUCACAGAAAGAGCUCUCUCUGCAAGUCAUUGUAAACCUUCCAGAUGAGGAAAAUAAAAAAGAGCAGCUCUCUCCUAAGGAGGAGAAAAAUGGGCAUCAACCUGUUCCUAAAAAUAGCCCCCAGUUGAUGUCUCUGCAACCAAGAGAUGACAGGAAACCGACAGAGAGCAGUAUUAGUCUGCUGCCUAUAAAACAACCAGACCCUCACUUCACUGUGAAAAAGAACCUUCCAAAAUUCCAGAUCUUUGAGUCGAAGGAUAAUGAUUCCCACGUAGAUAGAUCAACAUCAUCAAACUUUUACAGUGAAAAUGCCUCUAACUUUUUAAAUGCUGAUUUGUCAAGAGAUGAAAAAGUAGAUGAAGUGCAGCAAAAAAUAUCCAAAAACUUUGUAGCUAAAAAGAAGUCAACAAAUCAAAGGCAGAAGGAUCGACUUAAUGAAGAGAGACGUGCUGAAUCACCACGGGAAAUCCUCCAAAAAGUAGAGAAAAAUCGACCUAGAGCUGACACAGAUAAGUACACAGAAAGUAAAUCCAAGGCGAGGCACAGACCCAGGGGAGAGAGCUGGAAAGAAGAAAAAAUGAAAAGAAAUAAGAUCGAUAAAAAUCGUGAGAGUUCCGAAAGGUCGCAGGAUUUUGAUUCCAUGUAUAGAUUACCAACAGAACAUUUAUUACAUCGACGAGCUCGACGGAAUGAUGACAGGUCAUCUAAUCGAGUGGAGUCACAGCUGAGAAUACACGAACAAAGAAACUCUCAGCUUAAGCUAGCAGAACUAGAGAAAGACAGGUGUAUUGGUGCUAUGGGCGGGUGUCACCUGUCGUCCCCGGGGGACUCUCAGGAAGAUAUCCCCUCCCUGAUGGAGGAACACAGAAGUAGAAGCAGCAGUGGAAGCUCGGAAACCGACUCCAACUUCAUCAACGAUUUCCCACGAAGAUCAGAACAUUGAAAUAUUAGUUUAUGUUGGUUCAUAAAUGAAUUCAAACUUCAUAUCGUGAAUAUUAUAUUGUUAGCCUUCAAUUAAUUCAUUAUGCAGCAGAACAAAUGAACAGUGUAACAAGGUUGAUUGUGGCAUUUAACACGUUGUUAAAACAACAACACUGAAAGAAAUACUAUAACAGCAAUUCUUAAUUGCCUUUUAACUGUAUUUUCAUUUCAUUUAAUGAUGUAUCAUAAUGAUAUAAGGUUUGUGUGAGUUUGUGUAUGAUAUUAAAGAAAAUCAAAUAAU